AUGUCCGGCCGUGACAAGGCGAGCAUAUCCCUCCGAUCCAGGAAUGGCCGCAACAAUCGACCCAAGAUCUCCGCUCCGCAAGCGAUUCCGCAACCCGUUCAGAAACACCCUUCAGCUACAUCCAGCACGACGACUAUCAAUGUUCCCCCUUCGGAAUCUUCAAGGCGACCGUCGGAGUCGUCAAGGCGGCCGUCGGAAUCUUCCAGGCGGCCGUCAGAGUCGUCAAGACGGCCGUCAGCCGCGAGUGGUCGUCCGCCGGGUCCAGAUGGUCCAGCCCAUCGACCGCAGCAGCGAACAGCAGAUCGAACAGCAGAGAUGGUCAAAAGGAGGUAUUCCACAAGAUUUGCCCAGGCGCCGGAUUUCAGUGGAAGUGCACAUCCAAUGGUGCCAGCUUUACCACAGCUAGCGGACAAGUAUGCCAGUCGAGAUGGGCCCGUUGGCGUGGAGAGCAUUGGGGAUGAGAAGCGCCUGAAGGUAGAUGCGAAGGCAUUACGCGACCCCGGAUUCCGGCCAGAGAAGUUUGUUGCUAUGACCCUCCAAAAAGCGUCCGCGUCGGAUAUUCAAGCAUUCAAGCAGGAGCUCCUAAAAGUCAAGAACCGCACCUCCACCGAUCUACAACACAACGUCUUCCAAAACCGUACCCAAUUCAUCAAGAUUUCAAAAGAAGCUGAGGGCGUUAAAGGGGAAAUGCGUUCCCUCCGUGGCCUCAUCUCCGACCUCACCAGCACCAUGCAAGCCACCUCCGUUGCCGCUGGUAACACCCCUCAAGACUCAGUCGUCUCACGAAAGCAAUCCCAUCGAUCCUCCGUCGCCAACCUCGAAGCCAUGUGGAACACCCAUCUCCAAACCCUCUGGAAGCGCGUAGAAGGCAGCCAGAAAUAUCUCCCGGCCGUCUCCGGCCGACAUAUCGUCUACGAGUCCGGGAAAUGGGUCGAAUUAAACGCCGCAACCUGGAAGUCGAAGCGCAGAGUUCAUAUUAUCCUCCUCAACGACCAUCUCCUCAUCGCGAUCGAGAAGAAACGACCGGACCCGUCGCAGUUGAGCGAGCAAAAGCAAAAGCAAGGCCCGCAGUCGCAGGCACAGCAUAUUGCGCGGUAUUGCUGGCCACUCCGCGACGUGUCGCUCGCCGAUAUAUCGAUGCGCGGGGGCACCGGAGGGGCACCAGCCAGCGCGAUCAAUAUCCGGGUGGGAGCCGACUCGUUCACAUACGCGACCGGCGCCGGCGAUGCGGAGAAGGCAACGCUCCUCGCCACGUUCCGCAAGACGGCCGAGGACCUGCGGAAGGCGACCGAGACGGAAAACGCCGAGCGCCAGCGGAUUCAAGGCCCCGGCGCGACCAGCGACGCGGAGACAAAUUUCCUCGCGGCGCGGGAGAUGAUGGGCGGGCUGCUCGGGCGUCGAGAGGCCGAGAUGUGGUUCCAAGGCUCCGAAGGGUCCGGCACACUGAGUCUUGGCAUCAACAUCAACACCAUGCUCGAGAUCGAGGGGUCGCAGCAUUCAUUGCGGUCGAUCGAGGCGAGUCUGGAUGAUCUCUCAAUCGCAAUCGCGCUGCAUCAUUUCGAGGAAUCGGUGGAAGGGCUGGAGAAACUGCGGCGCUUGGCGAAGGGGAUCAAGGGACAUGCGAUCGCGGCGGAGAGAGUGGGUGCCGCGGUGGAGGCGCGGGCGGCGAAGUUGGGAGCGGUGUUGGUCAGGCGGUUGAUCGAGCGGCACAGCUGGGAGAACACGACGAAGGAGACGGCGGCGUGGCUGGGGAGGAUUGGGUGGGAAGAUAGGGCGAGAGAGGCGUAUUUGGGGGUGAGAAGCGAGACAAUACGGAAACGAGCCAGGCAGUCACCAUUUACAGGACACCUCCCGCUCUACAUCCACACCCUAUCAUUCAUUUACUUCACCCUCAUCCGCAACACCCUGUCUCUCUUCCAUUCCUGCUUCUCCCCCUCUCAUGCCAGCGCUGUCGUUCGGUGGGCCAAGAUGCAUGUUGAAGAGUUCAACGAAAUCUUGACGCGGCAACUGGACAGCGUUGAUCCGAGCAGCGAGGUUUACGCGGACUGUCUGGAAAGAGCAAAGAAACAUGCAAAUAUGUUGAGGGAGGUUGGCGUGGAUUGGAGGGGGUUGGUGGGUGGAGAACUAGGGGAGGCCAAGGUGAAGUGA